AUUUUUCUCUCUCUUAUUCAUUCAUUUUCGAAAACGACACAUUUAGCAUGUGAAAAAAAAUAUAAAAAAAAUACAAUCAACCACUCACAAAAGUUUUCUUAACAAAAAUCCAACGAAAGCUUUUAUGAUGGAAUAAGAUGUGGGAGGUGUGAAAUGAGGAUCCUGAUUUGGAGGCGGACCUUUUUAAUUUAUCUCCGGCGACGAUAAUAUUUAUAAUAAACUCGAGAUGAUCGGGAGGAAGAGUGAAGACACAGCAAAGCAACUCCACUGGAAUUCCUUAAUAAGAGCUAUGCAGGGGUUCUCUUCAACUUCCUCAGUUUCAAGCUAAAAAUGAUGUGCAGCGGAACUCUUAAUUUUGCUCGCCUGUAAUUUGAAUAUGCCCCGCAUUUAUACCUUGAUUUCAAGUGCUGGAGUGUUUCUCGGCUACCGGAGCGGCUGGCCGUAGAAAUUGCAACCCGUCUGGAUUUUUUCGUUUGUCAAUUGAGCUGUCGUCGCGAUUAACGGGUUUUGGGUUCAAAAUCCGAGAAAGCCGUUUUCUGCGGGGUGCCCCGUUGUAUUUGUAUUUAUUUUCUCCCAGAAAUCUUCAAAGAGCGCGAGCUUCUGAGGAGCAGCAGAAGGAAUUGAGAGAACGAGAGCAAGUGCACGAACAUGUCACGGAGCUGCUCGCAAUGUGGGAACAAUGGGCACAAUUCGAGAACCUGUGUGGAAAACGGGUUCAUGCUGUUUGGUGUCCGCGUGACGGACGGAUCUAUGAGGAAAAGUGUCAGUAUGACGAAUCUGUCGAAUUUAUCGCAGUACGAGCAGUCGGAGGGGGGCGGUAGAAGCGCCGAUGGUGGUUAUGCCUCUGAUGAUCUUGUUCAUUCCUCUAGCAAUGCGCGUGAAAGGAAGAGAGGGGUGCCAUGGACCGAGGAAGAGCACAGGCUGUUUCUUGUUGGCCUGCAGAAGGUGGGAAAGGGUGACUGGCGAGGGAUUUCCAGGAAUUUCGUGAAGACGAGAACACCCACUCAGGUUGCAAGCCAUGCACAGAAGUAUUUUCUUAGACAGAGUAAUCUUAACAGAAGGCGCCGCAGAUCGAGCUUGUUCGACAUGACAACUGAUACGUUUCUGAGCAUUCCGGUUGAAGAAGAUAUAGAAACAGGAUCGGGAAACCACCCUCCACUUCCAAGCCAGCUGAAUCCAGGACCACAAUCAAGCAAUCAGGUUCCAGAUUCUGGUGUACAGUCAAAUUGCAAUUUUGGCAUCCCUGUAAGAAUGUUUCCUGUUCCACUGUCACCUGUUGUGCUGCCUGGAAUGCCUGUUGGGAAAUCACAUGAAAUGGAGAAUCGAGGGUAUACUGCAAUGGAAUGGACUGCAAAUCCAGAGGAAUCCGGGUUUGCUAAUAAUUCUGAAGUUGGUGAUAUUGAUAGUGCCACCAGCCCUCCGAAGUUCAUGGAUAUUCCUCCAUUUCCAUAUGGAAGUCUGAACCAAACGCUGCCUCGUCAUUCUGUGGAAACCUCAGCAUCACUGGGAUAUAAGCUUGUGAAGCCUAUCCCAAUCAUUCCAAUCCCCCACUUGAGGGGCACUGAUUCUACCUUGGAAAAAGUAGUAUCUGGUCACAAUGCUGUGAUGGAGCCCUCUCCACUCUCAUUGAAGCUUUCUGAACAGCCAAAGCGACAGUCUGCCUUCCAGUCAAAGACAUCCCUUAAUAACCAUGAAUUGGAAUCACAAGAAAAGAUCGGCAAUGUAAUCAGUGUGGCAUAAGCCUUAUUUGGAAGAAUGGACUGAUCACAGAAGCAAUCCGUUUAAGUGCAAGACUUAGUUUCUUUGGCCAGAUAUGCAGAUGUUUUUCCGCUGUCGGGUGUCCUGUUUCUAGUGCAGGACUUACUUUGUUCGGUUAGUUCUGCAGAUGUUUUCCCUUGUUGGGUGUCCUAUUUUAUGCAAGACAUAUUUUCUUUGGCACAAUAUGCAAAUCUUUGGCCCUCUUGGGUUCCUGUUUUCAUGCCAGAGUUCCUUUUCUCCUGAACAUGCGGACCCUCUUGGGUGUCCUGUUUUAGUGCAGGACUUAGUUUCUGUCACUCAAUGUGCAGAUGUUUAUUCCCAUUGGUUGUCAUGUUAAAGUCGUGGACUUAGUUCGUUUGGCCGAAGGUGCAGAAUUUUGCCCCUUUUGGGCUUCAUGUUUUAAUUCAAGCCUCAGCUUCUUUGGCUGAAUUUGCAUAGUGAUUGAAUGUUGGUGAUCUGAAGACUUGAAAUAUGCUUUUAUUUUGUCAA